AUGGAAAUUUAAUUAGAUUAUUUUUAAAAUGGACCUCUUUUUGACUUAGUUGUUAAAAAAAAACAACUUGAUGAAAAUGAAGCAAGAUUUUAUUUUUUAAAAGUUUGUAAUGCUAUCAAUUUCUUGAAAUAAAAUAAUAUUUGCCAUAGAGACAUUAAAUUAAGCAAUAUUAUGCUUGAUAAUGAAAAUAACCCUAUUUUAAUUGAUUUCGGUUUUGCAUUAGAAUAUAAUUAAUAAUUUACCAUCGAAUAAACUUUAGAACAUGAAUGGCUUUCCUAAGAACAAUCUUUUGUAAAAAUAAACUGA